AGUACAUAGGUUUAUAUUUUCACUCGCUCUUUCUCUCUCCUCCAAAUUUGCUCUCUCCAUUCUCCGCUGAUCCCCUCUCGCCACCGCCUCUUUUCCGCCUUCCCUCCCUGCGAUCAAUACAACGUCGCCCUCAGCCUCCCCGUCGCCCUCCGCCGUCUCCAUCAUCUAUCUAUACGUGCAUACAGACUUCCGCAACUAUUUGCAUUCCUUCAAAUCUGUGAGUCUAUCGGACAGAUACUUCGCAGAUCCAGCUGGCUUCGCUUCCUUUCUCGGCCACCUCAAGUUGCUUGGAUGACACUGACACUUUGGUUGAACAAUGAAUUCAAAUAUGUUGGCUGGAGAGCGGAGAUGGGCUUCUUCAAGAAGGGGUGGCAUGACUGUGUUGGGGAAAGUUGCUGUUCCAAAACCAAUAAACUUGCCAAGCCAACGGCUGGAGAAUCAUGGUUUGGAUCGUAAUGUUGAAAUUGUUCCCAAGGGUACAGUUAGCUGGGGAAGCCGUCCCUCUUCAUCUGGUUCAAGUCCAUGGAACUCUUCAUCAUUGUCACCAAAUGCUGAUGGUGGCACUGUUUCACCUAGUCAUCCCAGUGGCCGCCCUUCUUCUGGUGGAAGUGGUACACGUCCAUCAACCUCAGGCAGUGAUAGAACCCAUGAUCAUGUUCCAAAUGCUUGGUCUGCAAACUCCAGACCUUCAUCUGCUUCUGGGACGCUCUCCACAAACCAGACAUCAUCAUCAUCAUCUUUGCGUCCUAGAAGUGCGGAAAACCGACCUAAUAGCUCACAGCUUUCUAGAUUUGCUGAGCCUGUGUCCAAAUCUCAUGCAGCAUGGGAUUCAAGUGUUACUGCAGAAAGAUUGGGGGUGAAGUCCAUGAAGGAGGAUAAUUUCUCUCUAACUUCGGGAGACUUUCCAACUCUUGGUUCUGAGAAAGAUAAUUCCUUAAAAAAAGUUGAACCAGAAGAUAGCCGCCCUAGCUCAGCUUCUGGUAGAAUAGUUCAGGCCAACAAAGAGGACAAUAUACCCCAUGCUGAUCUCAAGCAUGCAACUGUCAAUACUUGGAGGGCAGAAAGUACCCAGCAUGCCGAGGAUGGUAUUCAUCCUAGCAUGGAGAAUUGGCAAGGGGAUCCCCAUCAAUAUUAUCCGAACACUGCCCCUCAGCGUUUUGAGGGCUGGCGUGGUCCUCCUAUGAAUGGGCCAUCUGGUGGUUGGUAUGGGGGACGUCCUCGAGGUCCUGCUUUUGGCGCUCAUGUUCCUCCUGGUGGUUUUCCCUUGGAACCAUAUCCUUAUUACCGGCCACAGAUGCAUGAGGCCUAUCCUCGACCAGGUAUGCAGUUUAGGGCUAAUUUCUAUCCAGGUCCCCCAGGUCCAAUGCCUUUUGAGGGUUAUUACGGACCACCUAUGGGUUACUGCAACAAUGAACGUGAAAUGCCAUAUAUGGGAAUGCCAACAGGCCCCCCUGUUUAUAAUGGUUAUCCAGCCCCUACUCCCGAUAUAAGCAACUCUCAUGGUCGAACUACUGCACGUCGCCCUACUGGAAAAACAAUAUCAGAACAAGUGGAGACUGGUCAUUCAGAGGAAACACGUGCACCAAAAAGGGUUCCUCUAAACAUGCAUAAUGAGUAUGAGCAGGAGGAAGGAGAUCAUUGGGAGCAACAUGUGCCGCCUAAUAUCUUGCAUCCUGGGAAAAUUCGGUUUCCUGCAUCUUCUCGAAAGACUGAGUGGGGUGCGGAAGAGGAUGCAAAAGAAGCUGUAUCUGCCAAGAGGACGGCUCCAAGCCAGAACCCUUCAAACAGUCACGGAAAUAGAAUUCAUUCAGCAGACAUGAAAGUGAAGGCUGUUGACGGCAUGCCCAAUUCUAAAGGACUUGAUGAUAACAGGACAAAUCAAUCUGAAGCUCCACCUUCUUUUCCUUCUGUAGUGCCUCAGUUACCUGUUUCUAGUGAGAGAGAUGCUGCACCAGCUACAACCAAAAAGGCAGCACUAAUACAUAAAAUUGAUGGCUUAAAUGCAAAAUUUCGUGUAACUGAUGGGUGGAAUGAUUCCACAAAUGCUGAUGACAGGGAAAAAGAAAGGACUGGGGCUCAAAUAGUUGAUAUGAAAGUUAAUAAUUGCACCAGGGAUGUUGGUACUCCUGCUAUGGCUUCUCAUAGGACUCCUGUUUCCAGAAACUAUGUUGCUGCCCUGGAUGCAGUGACAGUUCCUGUUGGUGAUAAUCCAUUGCACCCAAUUGCUGCCAUCCCUAGGAGAUCGUAUCAUGGUGGGCAUGCUAGAGUUGAUCAUCGUGGUAAAGGGAAGUUCAAUAGUCAGGAAGCUGAUGGAUGGCGAAGGAAGCCUCUCAGUAAUGAUUCCUCAAGUGCAGUUAUAGCUUCAAAUAAUGAAUCUACACCAAAUAUUCUGUCUUAUGGCCCUAAUAAUGUUGGAGAGUCUUCUGAGAAUUCUAUGGUGGAUCCAGUAGGGAAGGUCGAGGGAGAUUUGGCUGAAGUAUGUGAUUCCACUGAUAUUCAGGCACAGCGUGCCAAGAUGAAAGAGUUAGCCAAGCAACGGUACCUUCAACUACAGAAGGAAGAGGAAGAACGAGUAAGGGAGCAGAAGGCCAAGGCUCUUGCUAAACUAGAAGAAUUGGACCGCCGAAAACAAGCAGGUGCAAAUCAGAAGGCUGAUAGAACUCCGGUCAUUGGUGAUGUCAGGGUAGAACAACAAGAAGUACAUACGGUUAUAGGCACUGUGAUUGCUGAACUUAAGACUAAUGAAUCUGGCUUUAACUUAGUCUUGAGCCCUGCUGUUGCUGCUGUGGGAACAGAUAGCAACACAAAUCAGGCUGGAGAAUCUGUUGAAGUGUCUAGGGACUUGCGCCUGACGAUACAACAUAAAGGUUUAGUGGAAUCUAACGUGUCUCCUUUGCCUAGAAUUGAAGAUUUUGCGGAUGGAAAUACUAAAGGAGUAGUGUCGCCACCUGAUGAUGGAGGAAUUUCCAGACACAAGCGAGCAGGCUACAAGCAGAAGCAGAAUAACAUGCCACAGAAGCAUCCGAAUGAAAAACCUGUCUCUAGCUCUACAUUUGAGGUGCAAAAAGAUCGCAUUUUUGCAGCUGUUGCUGAUAUGCAUGAGCGUCCAUCAAGCGAGUCAAAUGUGGUGAACACAUCGAAGUCUCUGGUUGAGCCAUUGGCCCAGCAAAGAAAGAGAAUUAGUAGGAGUAAUAAACCCAAGCCCAAACCAGAAGAAACACCCAUUGUUUCUGUUUUACCAUCAGUGACAUCAAAUGUUACUCCUGAAAAUGAGUCAAUUGAUAAUGUUGGAUCUAAUGAUUCAGUGUCUAAUAUGGGUGCCUCUGUCUCAACAGCGUGUGAGCCUGACACAGCAGUGCACAGUUGGGAGCUAUCCUCUUCUCUACCCAGUGAGGAAUCCCAGAGCAAGGUACCUACUCAGUGGAAACCGAAUCGCAGAAUUCCAAAAAAUCAACAAGGACAUAGAUUUACAGACAAGCAUCAUGGUAGUAGUGAUACCGUUGUUUGGGCUCCUAAGGCUAAGGCUUCGGAUGAAGUGAGUCAAAAUUCUCUUCAGGAAUCUGCUAAUUUGAUGAAGAAUGAAAAUGUGGCACAGAAUAGUUUGAAAGGCAAGAGGGCCGAAAUGGAAAGAUAUGUCCCAAAGCCACAGCUAGCUCAGCAAGGAAGUUCUCCACCUUUUUCAUCCUCAGUUAGCUCAACAAGAUUAAGUGAGGGUGCUGCUGCGGAACAAUCUGGGUCAGCUAUUUCUGCAAACUCACAACCUGUAAUCUCUGCAACUGCAAAUGUCUGGUCUAACUUGGAGAUGAAUGUGGGAGAUAGCAACCAUAGUAAGAAUAAAAAAGAUCACGGGACUUGGAAACAACGUGGUGUGACAGAUUCAUCUCAGAUGAAGAGUGUGCCUACUGGUCCAACCGAUACAUCUCAAGUGAAAGGUGUUCAUACUGGGCCAUCUCCAAUAUCUCAGCCCACAAAGGAGAUUCAGCUGUCCAAGGAGCUUGUGCAUUCUGGGAGGAGCGAAUCUAAUAGAGCCAAUGCUGAAUUCAAAAUAUCUGGUGCUGCAAUGAGCAAACAUCCUUCAGUGAAAGAUCAGGAUGCAACAGGCAGAGGAAAGAGACAUCCACCCAGGGGUCCUAGAAGCGGUGGAAAUAAUCCUGAUUUUGAGAACACUUUACAUGGUGAAGGUGAUGGAAGUUUGUCUUCAGCACCGGAUGUGAACCUGAUGGAUAAAUCUAUUAUUUCAAAAGAGAAUCGCAGCUUUGGGGAGCGGACAUCCUCUCAUUGGCAGCCCAAGUCCAGUCCAAAUUCUGCUAAUAAUCAGCAAGGAAAUAGAAAUGCUGGAAGCGAAUCCAUUACUUUAGAAGCUAAUAGGGGCCCGAGGAAGAGUACUCAACAUAAGAUGCAAUCAGUGCCCCAACAGGAUAAGGAGAGUAGCAACUUUAGCCAACCUCAGCUUCAGCCAGGCCAAUCUGAAAAUGUCAAAAGUAAUGUAUCUGAUGAUUCAGUUGCACGUCUCCAUCAAGACUAUGACGGAGAAAAGAAGCCUGCUCCAGUAAAAGGGCGUCCUUGCUCCCCAAAUCAAGAUCCAGUUGGCACUGGUGAGUCAUCUCUUACUAACACAGUUGAUCUGCUUGAGCACAAUGUUACAUCAGGAUCCAGGAGAGCUGGAAGGCAAAACAAUCGGCCUGUAAGAGGCCAUGACACCCGUGCAGAGUUGUCUUCAGGGCAUGAAAACCGGCCACAUAAUGCCCCUGCAUUCUGGGACAGGCAGAGGCAGAAUGUGCACUUGGAGUACCAGCCAGUUGGUCCUUUCAAGGGUCACAAACCUGAAAAAGUUGAGGAGCUAGCAGAUGGAGGAGCUGAUAAUAUGGACCAAAGAUACCGGGAAAGAGGCCAGAGUAACUUCAAACGUGGAGGAAACUACUACAGGAGAUAAAGUGGUGCAUUCCACGUAACCUGUCCAGGAGAUUCUGGAGUGAGAUUUAUAAGAUAAUUCUCCAAUUUGUUGCCUUUGCUUGAUUAGGUAAGAGACCACGUAUCUUCAUCCUGGGUAUGCAUCUACAUUUUGUGUUCUCGCGAUAAUAGAUUGGUAGUUUAUCUGUUAACUGGUGGCACAUGAACUGAGCAGGAUUAGAGGCCAGGUUUAGGGCACACCUUUGAGGGAUGUGAUAUGUUAGAUUGAGGAAGGAAAUGAGACAUGAUAACUCAUUUGAAAAUUGUAAUUGGUGCACGAUACACUUCAUUGUGGCUUAUUUUUAGCAUUUUGUGUAUCUGGUAGUCUAAUGUGUGCCCUGUAUGCAGGCCAAAGAAUGAUUUAGAAAGAUAGAUCGUACCAUAUGUUCCAAAUUUUUGUUGGAACCUUGCUCUCGUUGUGCUUA